GAGUUUCCGAUCUUUAUUAUUAUUAUUCUCCUACCUUAUUUCCUACUCUUCGCCGCUAGUCUUCACAUGCAUCUUAUUCUUUAGCGACGAAGAGAAAAAAUAUAAAGGUACCAACCUGAAUUGAAUUAAAUAUUAAAUACAAUGUUCCGACGUAGCGUGCGAACAAUAACGACCACGGCGCGCAGAGCCGCGGCCGUCGCACCGGCUGCCGCGAAGUCCCCGAGUCCGCACACGAUGGCCGUUUCGAAGGCCCAAGGUAUCGCAAAGGGAUUGACUGGUGCAAUCGGUAACACGCCGCUCAUCCGCAUGAACAAGCUCUCGGAACAGACAGGCUGCGAAGUCCUGGGCAAAGCCGAAUUCAUGAACCCCGGCGGCUCGGUCAAGGACCGCGCGGCGCUGUACGUGGUCCUGGACGCGGAGGAGCGCGGGCUGCUGAAGCCCGGGGGCACGGUCGUCGAGGGCACGGCGGGGAACACGGGCAUCGGGCUGGCGCACGUGUGCCGCUCCCGCGGCUACAAGCUCGUCAUCUACAUGCCCGACACCCAGUCCCAGGGCAAGAUCGACCUGCUGCGCCUCCUCGGCGCAGACGUCUACCCGGUCCCCGCCGUCGCCUUCGACAACCCCGACAACUACAACCACCAGGCCCGCCGGCACGCCGAGCGCGUGCCCAACGCCGUCUGGACGAACCAGUUCGACAACACGGCCAACCGCCGCGCGCACAUCGAGACCACGGGGCCCGAGAUCUGGGCGCAGACGGCCGGCAAGGUCGACGCGUUCACCUGUGCUACCGGGACGGCGGGCACCCUGGCGGGCGUCACGCGCUACCUGAAGGACGUCUCGGGCGGCCGCGUGAAGGCGUACCUGGCAGACCCGCCGGGCAGCGUCCUGCACUCGUACGUGCAAUCCGAGGGCAAACUGGUGGAGCGGACGGGGAGCAGCAUCACCGAGGGCAUCGGGCAGGGGCGCAUCACGGACAACCUGGCGCCGGACGUGGCGCUGCUGGACGGCAGCGUGCACGUCGCGGACGAGAAGAGCGUCGCCAUGGUGUACCGCGCCCUGGACGACGAGGGCCUGUACCUGGGCGCCAGCAGCGCGCUGAACGUGGUCGCGGCCAAGGAGGUCGCCGAGCUGCUCGGCCCCGGACACACCGUCGUCACCAUGCUGUGCGACGGCGCCUAUCGCUACGCCGACCGCUUGUUUUCCCGCAACUGGCUCCAGAGCAAGAACCUGCUGGCCGCGAUACCCAAGCAUUUGGAGAAGUAUAUCGUGCUGCCGUAGGUUAGGUAGCUGCCUGCCUGCCUGCCUGCCUACCUAGAUAGAUGUACAUGGCUAGUAGAAAGGGGUUGAGGGGGGAAAAGAGUAACCGAGAGGAGAGAAGAAGAAAAAAAAUAUACUACGUAUAGGGGAAGCGGCGUUUAGAGAUGGAUGGAUGGAUGGAUGGAUGAAUGAACGCAUGCAUGCAUAUAAGCGAGAUGUUUGA